AUGUCACCCACAGGCUCGUUGGAAGCUUUGCGGGAAGACUUGCUGUGGUCUGAGGUGCUUUCCAGCGUCUUGGAUGAGCCGCUGGUCCCAAGUCCCAGCACCAAAGGAGGUCAGCCCGUUCCAGCAUCAAGUCCAUCACAAAGGAGUACAGGGACCAGGGCAGCCACAGCGCCCACGCAGGUGAGCGAGUGGUCUCGGCCCCUUGUGGUGGAGCACAGCUUCUGUCGACACCAACAUCGGCAGUACACUGUCCAUGUUGCGGCCGACCUGUUGAAAGGUGAGUCGUUUGGAAGACUGCGCAGGCGCGGCUAUGGCUUCAAGCUGCACAAGCAGCGGAAAAGGGGUUUGCCAGCAGCGUCCUCUCAGUUCGGCUUCCCCGGGAUGGAACUCACCUCGCGCUCGAACUGUGCUGACGUGGCGCGUCGCAGGAAUCUCGCACCAACGUUGGAGCGGUUUCCUGUGCUGAAGACCUCUGGUGUGCGUCCACCCCUACCCGACUUGGAGGAGAUUGACGCUGCCGAUGCAGCGGCGGCAUGGAGCAACCCGCAGAAGCCCAAGGUGCAGCAACAGGUACAAGAGCAUCGUUUUCGACUGGAUCGACCAUGGGUGGCAGGGAAUCCCCAACCGCGUCUUUUUGAGCGCCAAGUAGGAGGGCUCUGUGAACCGGAGGAUGAAAACUACUUCGCUUUGGACAGCUUUCCUUCCAAGGCCUCCAAGGUCGCGCCCGUCCGGGCCAGAAGUGCUGCAGGUGCCCCAAGAAAGUCCGCCUCCGCACAGCAAAGCAAGGAGCCAGAAAAGAUAGAAAAAAAGAGCCUGAAAAGCAAGCUCAAAGAGGCCUUCAUGAAGCAGAUGAACGACCAGAAAGACGUCAUGGACGGCGUGGCAAGCGAAGCCACACGGUCCCGACGAAGGAGCAGUGAUGGAGGCAUGAGAUUCCAUGUUGGAGCAUCUACUGGAGACGACUCUGAAGAGGCCCCCAAGACAGGCUUAUGGCGCCUUCACCACAAGGAAAGCAAGAGCUCACGCCUCUACAGAGUGACGACCUGCAGAAGGAUGAAGGACCAAUCCGAAGACGUCAUGACGGGCUACCGGGAUCGGGUGAACCGCUAUGAAGUGGACGUAGCACAGGAGAGCUUCUGCCGCUACUUCCCCGCCAAGCAUGGGAACCCCUGGUGCAGCAGCGACAUCUUGGAGGCCUUGGCUGACUUUGGUCUCAAGGCCCAGAGCCGAAGCGAGAAGAUCGCGCUGAACUCGGUGCUGGACGAUUACGAGGACGAUGAGUUUGGCUUCAACACCUUCUGCACGAUCAUCGAGGAGGCUCGGUGCAAGAUUCGGAACAGCCGCACUCAUACGGUGUUCCAAUCCUUCAAAUAUGCUGACACGGAGGAUCUUGGUGGUUUGGACGGGGAGCGCGUGAUGAAGCUGCUGCAGAACCUCAACUUGGCCUUUGAGAAAGAUUCCUCAGAACGUCACACCGUGGAGGCCAUGGUGCGAGACUGUAACACGGAUCCAAUUACCGGGCUCAUUGGGCUCUCAGAGGUGGAGUUUCUGGUGUCGGCGGUGCGGGAGUUCAUGUUGCAGUCCAAACGUCGUCGGGAGCGGGAACUGAAGGUGGAAUACCAGCUGUCUGAUGCUAUCUUCAAUCAGUUUCGUAGCCAGCUGAUCCGUUUCCACAAGUCCUUUCAGGAACUGGACGGUGAUGACAGCGGCAAACUGGAUCCCCAUGAGGCCAUGAAUUUGCUGAGCCAUUUCGGUUGCAUCACCUCAGGUAUGCCUUUGGAGCAGAAACUCCGUGCGCAGGCCUUGGUGAGUCGUUACUUGGGCGAAUCCGAAGAACAUCUUUUAUCCUUUGACAGGUUCCUGUGUGUCGUCCAAGAUUUACGACUCAUCGGCAUGGAGGAGAAAGUGGAGAUUGUCCAAUCUUAUUUCAACCAAUAUGACCGCGACCAGUCUGGUCAACUCACCAUCAAGGAGAUCUGCCAGAUUCUGAUGGAUCUGAGGAUUCAGCCCAGGUCAUUAUCGGAGCAGGAAGCGAUGGCUCAGCUCAUUGAGGAGACAGAUUCCAAUGGCAGUGGGACUAUGUCAGUUGAGGACUUGCUGCUGUUGGUGCAACGCAUCUUGGAGCGCAUCGGCGAGCUGAAUCGCGCCGAAUUGCUGCAGAAGGCAGAGGCUUUGGGUUUCUCAACGAAACAAGCCCAUGACUUGUGGCACACCUUUGAGGCGCUGGACAGCUCCGAGGAUGGUUUGAUUGAUGUGGCGGAGGUGGCCGAAGCCGUUUCGCUGAUGAAAUGGCAGAUCUCCGCCAACAAGUUGCACCGACAUGUUGCAGAAUUGGAUGCAGAUGGAAACGGGCAGCUGGACUUCAUCGAGUUUCUGCACCUCAUGCGGCGUAUGUUAGAUGAUGUCGCAGCCGCAGGGCCAGUCAAGAUAAAGACGGAAGAGCUUACCAGUCCUCGAAACAGACCUGCAGAGGAAGACGACUCAGCUCAGAAGCGCACGCGGACCGGCGGCGCGCCCACGUCCAAUCCAGUGCCAAAGAAGCGCUGA